CUACACCGGGAUGACUUUGAAAUUAUAAAAGUAAUUGGCAGAGGUGCAUUUGGUGAGGUUGCAGUUGUUAAAAUGAAGUGCACAGAGCGCAUUUAUGCAAUGAAAAUCUUGAAUAAAUGGGAAAUGCUUAAAAGGGCAGAGACUGCGUGUUUCCGAGAAGAGAGAGAUGUUUUGGUGAAUGGAGACUGUCAGUGGAUUACUACAUUGCACUAUGCCUUCCAGGAUGAAAACUAUUUGUACUUAGUAAUGGACUACUAUGUGGGUGGUGAUUUGUUGACGCUACUCAGCAAGUUUGAAGACAAGCUUCCUGAAGACAUGGCCAGGUUCUACAUUGGUGAAAUGGUGCUUGCAAUACAUUCCAUCCAUCAGUUACAUUAUGUACACAGAGAUAUAAAGCCUGAUAAUGUUUUGCUGGAUGUGAACGGCCAUAUCCGCCUGGCAGACUUCGGAUCAUGUCUGAAGAUGAGCGAGGACGGCACUGUGCAGUCUUCAGUAGCAGUGGGCACACCUGACUAUAUUUCUCCUGAGAUCCUACAAGCAAUGGAGGAUGGCAUGGGAAAGUAUGGGCCUGAAUGCGACUGGUGGUCUCUGGGUGUCUGCAUGUAUGAAAUGUUGUAUGGGGAAACACCUUUUUAUGCAGAGUCGCUGGUGGAAACAUAUGGGAAAAUUAUGAAUCAUGAAGAGAGGUUUCAGUUUCCAUCCCAUGUUACAGAUGUAUCCGAAGACGCAAAAGACCUAAUUCAGCGGCUUAUAUGCAGCAGAGAACGCCGUUUGGGUCAGAAUGGAAUAGAGGAUUUCAAGUUGCAUGCGUUUUUUGAAGGACUCAACUGGGAUAAUAUCCGAAACUUAGAAGCACCUUACAUUCCAGAAGUCAGCAGUCCUUCAGACACAUCGAACUUUGAUGUAGAUGACGAUGUAUUAAGAAACCCUGAAAUGAUACCACCUGGUUCUCACACUGGCUUUUCUGGCUUGCAUUUACCUUUUGUUGGAUUUACGUACACCACUGAAAGCUGUUGUUCGGACAGAGGCUCACUAAGGGGGGUGAUGCAGUCCAGCAGUAUAACCAAAGAUGAGGAUGUGCAGCGCGACUUGGAGAACAGCUUGCAGAUAGAGGCCUACGAAAGGAGAAUACGAAGGCUGGAGCAGGAGAAGCUGGAGCUGAGCAGGAAGUUGCAAGAAUCCACCCAAGCUGUUCAGUCCCUUCACGGUUCUGCUCGCCUAACGACCAACACCAACCGGGAUAAAGAAAUAAAGAAAUUAAAUGAGGAAAUAGAGCGUUUGAAAAACAAAAUAGCAGAUUCAAAUAGGCUAGAACGACAGCUGGAAGAUGCGGUGACGCUACGGCAAGAGCAUGAAGACUCCACCCACAAGUUAAAAGGGCUAGAGAAGCAAUGCAGAAUAUUAAGGCAAGAAAAGGAGGACCUUCACAAGCAACUUGUGGAAGCCUCUGAACGGUUAAAGGGGCAGUCCAAAGAACUGAAAGAUGCCCACCAACAAAGGAAGUUCGCCAUGCACGAGUUUUCGGAGCUGAACGAAAGGAUGGCAGACCUGCGCUCCCAGAAGCAGAAGCUCUCCCGGCAGCUCCGCGACAAAGAGGAAGAGGCGGAAGUGGUCAUGCAGAAAAUGGAUUCCGUGAGACAGGAAAUCCGUAAAUCCGAGAAAGCAAGGAAAGAGCUGGAGGCCCAGCUUGAUGACGCGCUAGCAGAAGCAUCAAAGGAGCGCAAGCUUCGGGAGCACAGCGAAAUUUUCUCCAAGCAGGUGGAGAGUGAACUGGAAGCGCUAAAGCUGAAGCAGGGGGGCCGUGCUGCGGGGGCCAUGCAGGAGCAUCAGCAGGAGCUGGCCAAAAUGAAGUCAGAGCUCGAGAAGAAAAUCUUGUUCUACGAGGAGGAGCUGGUCAGGCGAGAAGCAUCCCACAUCUUGGAAGUCAAGAACGUGAAGAAGGAAGUGCACGAUUUAGAAAGCCACCAGCUAGCACUACAGAAAGAGAUCCUGAUGUUAAAAGACAAACUGGACAAGGCCAAGAGAGAGAAGCACAGCGAGAUGGAAGAAGCGGUGGGAACUCUGAAGGAGAAAUACGAGCGGGAGAGAUCCAUGCUCCUCGAAGAUAACAAGAAAAUAACAACCGAAAACGAAAAGCUUUGUUCCUUUGUGGAUAAACUUACAGCGCAAAACAGGCAGCUCGAGGAUGAGCUUCAGGAUUUGGCGGCAAAGAAGGAAUCUGUAGCCCACUGGGAAGCUCAGAUUGCAGAAAUUAUUCAGUGGGUGAGCGAUGAAAAAGAUGCACGAGGGUAUCUUCAGGCUCUGGCGUCUAAGAUGACAGAAGAACUUGAAUCGUUGAGAAGCUCCAGUCUGGGAUCGAGAACACUGGAUCCACUCUGGAAAGUAAGACGCAGUCAGAAGCUGGAUAUGUCAGCGAGGCUGGAAUUGCAGUCAGCUCUGGAUGCAGAAAUACGUGCCAAACAACUAGUCCAGGAAGAAUUGCGAAAGGUUAAGGAUGCCAACCUGUCCUUUGAGAGCAAACUGGAAGAAUCAGAAGUAAAAAAUCAGGAACUCUUGGAGGAGGUUGAAGCUUUAAAGAAGAAGUUGGAAGAAAAAUACAGGACUGACGCAGGUCUCAAACUUCCAGACUUCCAAGAUUCCAUUUUCGAGUACUUCAAUACCUCGCCUCUUGCUCAUGAUCUGACUUUCAGAACGAAUUCUCUGAGCGAGCCGGAAGCGCAGGGACCCAAGGCAGAGGUCUCUUCCUCCACCUCUCUUGUGACUGCUGAGCAGCAGCAAGAAGAACCAAUUCGGCUUCAGAGGAUGCCUGCUGCUCCCUCCCCCACCAUUCAGUCCAUUUCUCUAGCUGUACCAAAGCCCAAAGCUCACCAGCUCAAUAUCAAGUCCUUUUCAAGCCCUACCCAAUGCAGCCAUUGCACCUCCCUCAUGGUGGGAUUGAUCCGACAGGGCUAUUCUUGCGAUGUGUGCUCAUUCGCCUGCCAUGUUUCCUGUAAGGACAGCGCGCCCCAGGUCUGCCCGAUCCCUCCAGAGCAAGCCAAGAGACCCCUUGGAGUCGACGUUCAGAGAGGAAUAGGGACGGCUUACAAAGGCUAUGUCAAAGUUCCCAAGCCAACAGGUGUCAAGAAAGGAUGGCAGCGGGCCUACGCUGUGGUCUGUGACUGUAAACUCUUCCUUUACGAUGUGCCUGAAGGGAAGUCCACCCAGCCUGGAGUUGUUGCAAGUCAGGUGUUGGAUCUCAGAGAUGAAGAUUUCUGUGUGAGUUCUGUCCUAGCAUCAGAUGUUAUACACGCAACCCGCAAAGAUAUCCCUUGUAUAUUCAGGGUGACAGCUUCUCUCUUAGGCUCGCCUUCAAAGACCUGCUCUCUGCUGAUCCUAACGGAAAACGAGAACGAGAAGCGAAAGUGGGUUGGAAUCCUGGAGGGGCUGCAGUCUAUCCUGCACAAAAACAAGCUGAAAAACCAAGUUGUACAUAUUCCACAAGAAGCCUAUGACAGCACACUGCCUCUCAUUAAAGCCAGCCUGGCUGCCGCUAUUAUAGAUCGGGAUAGAAUAGCAAUCGGUUCCGAAGAAGGCCUCUACGUCAUAGAGGUGACCCGUGAUGUGAUCGUCCGUGCAGCCGACUGCAAGAAAGUUUACCAGAUAGAGCUUGCUCCGAAGGAGAAGAUUAUUAUCCUUAUCUGCGGCCGGAACCACCACGUCCACUUUUUCCCCUGGUCCUCCCUGGAUGGAUCCGAAGGCAGCUUUGACGUCAAGCUCCCGGAAACGAAAGGCUGCCAGUUCAUCACCACGGGGACGCUGAAGAAGAGUUCAUCCACCAGUCUGUUUGUGGCAGCCAAGCGGCAGGUCCUCUGCUACGAGAUUCACAGGACUAAACCUUUCCACAAAAAGUUUGGCGAAAUCCAGGCUCCCGGGAACAUACAGUGGAUGGCGCUGUUCAAGGACAGGCUCUGUGUGGGCUACCAGUCUGGUUUCUCUCUGCUGAGUGUCCAGGGGGAAGGACAAUCUGUAAACCUGGUAAAUCCCAGUGACCCUUCGCUUGCAUUCCUCUCGCAGCAGUCCUUUGACGCCCUUUGUGCUGUAGAGCUCAGCAGCGAGGAGUACCUGCUUUGCUUCAGCCAUUUGGGAGUGUACGUCGAUGCACAAGGUCGAAGGUCACGCAUGCAGGAGCUCAUGUGGCCUGCAACUCCUACUGCCUGUAGUUGCACUUCAUUCUAUUUAACGGUCUACAGCGAAUAUGGCGUGGAUGUCUUUGACGUUAACUCUAUGGAGUGGGUUCAGACUAUUGGCUUAAGAAGGAUCAGACCGCUAAACGUGACGGGCACGCUGAACCUCCUGAGCUGCGAACCUGCUCGACUGAUCUAUUUCAAGAAUAAGUUUUCAGGAACGGCCCUGAGCGUGCCAGAAACAUCCGACAACAGCAAAAAGCAAAUGCUCCGCACGCGGAGCAAAAGAAGAUUCGUCUUUAAAGUACCAGAGGAAGAGAGGCUGCAACAAAGACGAGAGAUGCUCCGAGACCCCGAACUCAGAUCCAAAAUGAUUUCGAACCCAACCAAUUUCAACCACGUGGCUCACAUGGGACCAGGAGACGGGAUGCAAGUGCUCAUGGACCUCCCACUGAGCGUCCUCCCGUCUUCCCAAGAUGAAAAGGCCUGUCCUCCCACGACCAACAUUUCACGCCAGGCGCCACAGAGAAACAAAAGCUACAUUUCUUGGCCUUCAUCAAGUGGGGCCGAUCUGGGAGCAGCCAUGCCCUUGCGGAGCAUGUCCGAUCCGGACCAGGAGUUUGACAAAGAGCCUGAUUCAGAUUCCACCAAACACUCUACACCUUCCAACAGCUCCAACCCAAGUGGGCCCCCGAGUCCCAACUCUCCGCAUAGGAAUCAGCUGACGUUAGACGGAUUGGACCAAUCGACUUGUGAUGCAUAACUCUACAGCUGUGCCAACCCCCCC